AUGAAACUUCUCUUUUACCUACUAGAACCAUGCCAUCUAGAACUGAUCAUUUCUGAUUUAUUUAGAGACUUAUUUUAUUUACAAUCUAAUGAAGAAGAUCUUGAAUUGAUUUCUCUUCUCUUAAUCAUAACAGAACCUCUUUAUUUUUGUUAAAGUUAUUCAUUUUUUUUUAUUUUGAAACCAUAUUCUAGUUUUUAAGUAUAAUUUUAUUACAUAGAACACUUUUUGGUAUAGCUAUUAAUUAAUAAUCAUUAAGAUUAACUGCUCCAGUUUUUGAAAGUGAUUAUUCAUUAUUGGAUUAUAGAAAAUUAUAAAAUUUAAUAUUUUAUUUUAAUGGGGAUACUUGUGAUAACUUUCUAGUUUUUUUAAAUUCUGUAAUGUUUGUAAUUAUUUAAGGAUUGUUAUUAAUAACAUUAUUAUCAUAGGAAUUUUGAGAUUGUCUUUCUAUAUCAGAGUAAUUGA